AUGCUGCUGUUUGCACCUGCGGUACUUUUUGCGUUCGUCUUACGAAUAAGGGCCCAAGUUGAGCCCGGCACCGAGAACGCCAACGCCACUCGGACCCAGAAGGAAGAUCGCCCGGACCGACCGUCGACCAUCCUGCCGACGAUCGUGCCCCCGGAACAGGUCUUUGUCCCGGAUCCGUUGCCACACGGAGUGGUACGCUACCAGCAUCUGAUCAACAACUCACCGAGCAGCAACUACUUCGUGUACUACACCGACAAUGUUGUCGAUCAGCCCAAACAGCAGUACUUGGAUGGGUACGGAAUUGGCAACAGUGACCCCACGUCGGGUCAGAUCGUCUACAGUCCUAAUCCGAUCCCGAUUCAGCUGGUGACGCUCGUACAGCCGACGAUCGAGGGCGAUCAGCUGAAGGAACGCCCGGGCGACGAUUCGAAGCAGGAAGUCGACGAAGCGGUGGACCUCGCGGAGGAACCGACCCGUGGGAAGGUGGACGUGGACGAGGCGGGCAUCCGGAAGCUGGUGUCGAGUACGCAAAACUUAGUCAGCAACGAAGAUGUAGUGGACAUCAACAACGCCCAGGAGGGCAUGACGGAGCGUGUGGACAACUCCACCGUGGAAAUCACCACGGUUCUAAAGGAUAGCGCACCGAGCGAAAGCAGACACGUCAGGGAUAGUGUGGCGGCACACGGGGGCUUCGACAAGCCGAUUGUGGUGGGCGAUAGCGAAGCGCAGGAAACGGGAACUGGGCGUAGUCAGCGUGCUGGGCCUUCGGUAGCGAUCGACCGCUCGAAGCACAUCAACGUGGAGAUUCUGGGCGAAUCGGAAGACCACAACCAGGGGCAGUUUCUGAAGGAGACGACGAUCCUCGCCAGCAAGCCGGCCGAGCCGUGCGAUGACGAUGGCAAGGAGCAGGGUCUGCUGAUCACCAAGCAGGAAGUGACCACCAUCAAGCCGGUCACGGUGAGUCGCGUGCGUGGCUCGACGGCGGCCAGGUUGAGCACGCGCUACAAGGCAGUUCCGCCGCCAGUGGAGAACGUUCCGACGACACAGAAGCCGGUCUCCUCACGGUAUCUCGCUCCGAUCCAGGCCGGGCUGCGACUGUCCAACGCCGAUAAGCCACACGUGCUUCGUGGCCCGGUGGACGUGGAUUGCGUGGACGAACCGGAGCGGGAACGGACGGUGGUCGAAGUCCAGAAAAGUGUCAACGUCCAGAACAUAGUGGUCGGUCCGGAACGGCCAGGCCCAAACUUUGUGCGGCAGUUCGGCGCGAGGACGAAAAUCAUCCAGCAGCCGGUGUACGUAGAGAAGCCCGUGGAACGGAUCGUGAAGCAACCGGUAUACGUGGAGAAGCCGGUGCCGGUGCCGGGACCGGAGCGGAUCGUCGAGAAGCCGGUUCACCACACGCACUACGUCGAUCGACCGUUUCCCGUCGAGAAGAAAGUGACGGUCCACGUGCCGGUCGACAGGAUCGUGGAGAAGCCGGUGCAGGUGGAGACGAUCGUCACCAAGGAUGUUCCGUACCCAGUGACGCACCUAGUGGACCGCCCGGUGCCUGUGGAGAAGAUCGUCGAAAAGCAGGUUCCGGUCGAGGUGCCUCGCUACAUUGAUCGUCCCUACCCGGUGGAGAAAAUUGUCGAUCGUCCCUACCCGGUCGAGGUGCACGUCGAGGUCCCGAAGAUCGUGGAGAAACUGGUCGAUCGGCCGGUCGAGGUGGAACGCAUCGUGGAGAAGCACGUCCAAGUGCCGGUCCCUGUGGAGAUCGAGAAGGUGGUGGAGAAGAUCGUCGAUCGGCCGUACCCGGUGGAGAAGAUAGUGGAGAAGAUUGUCGAUCGGCCCUAUCCGGUGCAGGUACCGGUGGAAGUUCCGGUACACUAUCCGGUCGAAGUACCGGUCGGUAUCCCGAUACCGUAUCCGGUGGAGAAGUACAUCGCCCUGCCGGUGCACGAACCGAAACCGACGCACUCGAUCAUCAAGACCGUCCACCAUGAGCACUUCGAUUUCGGGAAGUUCUUUGCGCAGAAGAAGAAGCACUUCGUCGAGCACUUCUUCCCCAAGUCGCACCACCAUCCGAAGGUGGUCGAGGUGCCCGGGAAGCACUUCUACGUCCCGAGUCACCACUAUCCGAAGAACGAUCUACAUUUCGGGGCGUCGGUGCCCAGCCCGAGCGUGCUGGUCGAUGGGAAUCACCUGAACCUUCAGCCUCACUACCUGCCGCCUGAAGCCCCGAAACCCAUCUAUGGAGUGCCGUACGUUGGCGAUGGCCACCACGUGGCAAACUUUGGGUUCGCCCACCAUCAGCAGCAGCAGAUCGUGAAGGAUGACUACGUGGGCCCUACGCCCCUGCUGGAGGACCAUUGGGCCGUCAAAAGUGACGUCAAGUUCCGGCGCAGUCCGAGCUACGGGAAGAGCAUCCGCAUCGAGUACGGCGGGUUCAAGCCACCACUAGUGCCAUCGGUGGAAAUUGACGAGCACGGAGUGCCGUUGAACAAGGACAGCAAGAAAUAG